AUGUUUGCAAAGGUUUUCUUUGUGGUGAUAUUCUCAGUGCUGCUCAUCAUGAUCAGCACUACCGAUGCAGCUCGAAUCGUGAGUACCCGCCGUUUAGUUCUACCACCAACACCUACGCUCAUGACGAUCGACCGUUUAGUUCCAGGUGGACCCAAUCCUAUGGAUGCACCACCAACACCUACGCUUAUGACGAUCGACCGUUCAGUUCCAGGUGGACCCAAUCCUAUGGAUGCACCACCAACACCUACGCUUAUGACGAUCGACCGUUCAGUUCCAGGUACUGGACCCAACCCUAUGGAACCACCACCAACACCUAUGGCGAGGACCGCCCAUUUAGUUCCAGGUGGACCGAACCCUUUGGAACCACCACCGACACCAACAGGAACAAUAAAUUAG